AUGCUGCCGACCUGUGCUCAUCGUUGGGUUGACCACUCUCCAGGCCAAGUUGUUCCCGGUACAGCUUCACCUUGGAUUGGACGGCUGUCACUAGGGCAGAGACGGCCUGUUUUCUGCAUCGCAGUUUCCAUGCUCCAGGCCGCACUCCUUUGUCGGGUGAGUCCGAUAUGCGCCAGAUCGGGUCAAGGGAAGUGCGCACAACCGCAUCCAGCUCCUGUCGUCGUGUCGGCAACAUGCGCCUCUGCCUCGUCUCCGUCCCGGCAGGGCAGAAGAGGCGCCUAUGAGGAGGGCCCAGUUGUCAGGGGGGCGCCUGCGGCCUCGCCAUUGGUGCCGGGUGCAGGGAGCGCCGAUCCGUUGUGGUAUGAGACAAUUCUGAUUGCCAGUCUGUGUACUCUUUCACCCUCCUCGGCCGAUCUGUCUCGGCUUUACUUUGGACUGCGGCCGUCUGCAACUCAGCCGUCCUGCGUUUCCGGCCCGUCGUGGGUGCGCGUCUGGGCUAGCUCGAGUCCCGUCCAAGAGUAA